AUGAUCAUAAUUGACAUUUGUCUUUUUUUCAUAGUGAUUGAUUUAAUGCCAAAAAAAUUCCAUGUUCUUUUUAAAUAUCAUAAUUAUAGUGCCGAAAAAAUAAAAUAUGGAGAUCGAUUAACGGAUAAACUUAACAGUGCCUCAGUAUACACUAGCUAUACAACAUAUUUCUGUGAGAUUUUUAAAGGUCUUUUCAACUCGUAUCGACUAUUAGAUCGGAAAUUUUUCUUCCAAAUUCUGUAUGAUCAACUACGAGAACAUUAUAUUCUUGUUGAAAAAGCUCCAUCUAAAAUUGCCUUGUCAACAAGCGAGACAGCGAAAGAAGCUGCAGUUAUUUUUAAAAAAACUACUUUAACUGAAAUUAAAUUGAAAUUGAUCACGAUUAAUGGACAAGAGGAGGAAUGGUCCUGCGGCCAUCAUCCUCGAUGGUAA